AUGAUAAGCUUACGGAUUAUCUCAUUCUUCUUCUUCUUCUUAUCUUUCAAUUGUGAAUUACAUAAUCAGUCAUUGCAUAACAAUAAUAAUAAUAAUAAUAAUAAUAAUAAUAAUAAUAAUGACAGUAUAGAUUAUCACCUAUUAUGGACAAUAUGGAAAUUACGUUAUUAUCAAUAUUAUAGAAAUCAAAUUGAUGAAAUCAAUUCUUUUACAUUAUGGAAAAUCAAUAUUGAUCAAAUCUUAUUACAUAAUUUAUAUUAUGAUUUACAAUUAAAAACUUAUCGUAAAUCAAUAAAUCAAUAUACCGCUAUAAAUUGGAAUGAUUUUUAUGAAAAUAAAAAAAAGAAAUUGAACUUAUUACAUCAUCAAAAAAAUCGAUUAUUAUUAUUAGUGAAGGAGAAAUAUAGAAGUUUCAAUCAAACAAAUAAUAAUCAUAAUGAUUUACCAGAUAUGAUUGAUUGGAGGGAUAAUGAUACUGUGACACCAGUAAAAACACAAGAGGAUUGUGCAUCUUCAUGGGCAAUUGCCUCAGUUGAAGCGCUUGAAGGGCAACUUAAAAGAAAAACAGGAAUUCUUACUCCAUUAUCAUCACAACAAUUGGUAGAUUGUACUGGAGAUCAUGAAUGUGUAGAGAAUCCAGUAUCAGUAGCUUUUGAUUAUAUAAAAGAGUAUGGUGUAGAAUCUCAAGAAGAUUAUCCUUUUACUGGUAAAGUUGGAAAUUGUACAUAUAGUUCAUCAAAGAGUGUGACAACUUUAUCCUCUUAUAUACAAGUCGAAGAUAAUGAGGAGGAACUUCAAAAAGCUGUGUAUAAUAUUGGACCUAUAGCAGUAAGAAUUACUAUGACUCAGGAAUUUCUCACUUACGGGAGUGGAGUUUUAUUAAUAGACGACUGUCAAAAUGAAGAACCAUUCGAAUCCGUUUUACUUGUAGGUUAUGGUAUAGAGAACGGCAUACCAUAUUGGAUCUUUUGGGUUUUAUACCAACCAGCCGAUCUUCCCAGUAAAGCCUCAGUAGUUUCAAAAGGUCUCAGUUCGAUGAGUGUAAUGGACUCUCGGUUCAGCUUCCCAAGUACGUUUAUUUACGAAUGCCUCGUGGUGCCCAAUUAUCAUGAUUUUCGUCCAAUCCAAAGUAUCUCCACUGAUUCAUGGAAGUCAAACCAAAUCAAAUCUGUACUGUGCUAAUUCAACCAUAUUUAGAUGCUGACUUUAGCAAACGCGUUAACACGAAUCGGUCAUGUGGAAGUCAUUCGAAAAGUUCACAAUAUGAAAACAAAUAACUGAAUAAAUUGUGUAUGUAUGUGUAAGAUUGAGUUACUAAUAGGUGAUAUUAGGUGUUGAUAUGUUUUUAUAUGAAGUAAAAAUAAAAUAAAAUUGCAUGCUAUAGGUUGAAAAACUAUUCCUGAAUCAUUG